CUUCACCAAAUUGAUUUAACUGAACGCUGAUGUGUAGAAAACUGAAAAGAAAAAGGACAAAAUGCCAAAAGUUGAAUAUAAUAUUUGUUAGACCCUUUGUAAGGAGGGUCAAUAGUUUGAUAUCUCUUAAAGUUUUGUUUACUUUAAAGUAAUUUUGAUCAUUCUCGACUAAUAGCUUGAGAUAGUUGUACGUUUUGAGUGAAUUCACUCAAAAAGAUGAGAAAAAUCAAGUUUCAAACAAACUCCCUCAGGCAAUGGAUGAGAAGAAUCCCUGGUAAGCAAUUCAAUUCUAUGCAUCUGCUUCAUUCUUUGGAUUUUAACUUCAUGACUUCGUCUAACGUGUGAUAAAAUUAAGGAAGCAAGUAAUGUUGAUGGGAGAUGGUGCAUCAGAUUAGGAGCCCGUCAACUUACAAGUUUUUUUAAGGGUCUACUGCUCUCAAGGCUCAAUAGAAUUCUGGUUCUUUUGAUCUGCAUAUUUAAUUGUCCAUCUAUGACCUAGUUUAUAGGGCAUCAUAUCCAGUUUCUUCCCUACUUCAGUUGAACAUGUUAGCGAUGUACUGGGAGCUGGACAGUGAAAUGUUCUAAAUAAGAUGUCAUUCAGAGCUAGGAGAUCUGUUGGUGUCUGCAGAUGCAGGUGUUAUUCUUGCUUAGAAGGUGUUGCAAACAUUCCAAUACUCCAAGCUUAUACAAAUUGCCUGCUGCUGUAAUCCUUGCAUGUUCUGACAGCUCCGUAGUUCUUGUUAUAUCAAAGCUUUCUCCAGAGCAAGCCGCUUACCACUUCCUAGCUGGAUAUCAGAAUGGAAAGUUCAUUCUUGCAUUUAAUUCAGGACCGUCAUGCUUUAAUCCGUUGGAGCUGUCAAAGGCUCUUUUAGCCAAGCUGAAGGACACCUCAAUUACUCCUUUAUUGAUAAACAUCAAUGAUGGCGAUAAGCAUAUAACUGGGAAAGAUCUUGUGGAAGUAGUUGAGUCAGCUCUUUCAAAGAACAUAUCAUUCUUCCAAGUUCCAACCAAAAGGUAGAGACCUGAAACUAAAGUUCAAGAGGUUUUUGUUGAGCAAAUAUCAAGAAUUACCCGAAGAAUUCUUAUUUUUACAUACUGUUGUAAGUCACAGGGAAGUAGGAGAGCAUUUCUACAGACAGAGUGACAGUUUCCUAUGUUAUGGGGGGAGUUUCUUGAUGAGAAUGUAAAUGAUAACAGUACAUUCCUAAUAUGCCAGAAAUACGCUUGUAAGUUGUGCAAGUUGUAUCAUUUUUUGUAACGUUUCAGGUUUAUGCAGAGAUAUUUGUGAUUUCCUCUGACUAAAUAACAGGGUAAUUUGUAAAAACUAAA